GACAGCAAAGGUCAAGAUGGAUGAUUACUUGUAUAAAAUCGAAGAAUUAAAAAUAAAAAAUAAUUUUAAAUUCAAUCUACAGAAUAAUUUAUUAUUUAAUUUAGAGGAAUAUCUAGUAAAUUUGGGUAGUUUUAAGGAUAAUUUGGUUGCUAUUGAUUCUAAGUUUAACGAUAUAAAUAAUGAUUUAAUUAAAAUAAACGAUAAAUUAUCUCAAUUAAAGUAUUCUAAUAAGCUCUUCAUUGACAAUCUUACAAGCCUAUACACCAAACAAUCAGACUUAGAACGCCAACAAUCGGAAUUGCAGUCUUUUAUUGAUAAAUUCACAUUAUCCGAUAAGGAGUCGACCUCUUUACUCGACAAUAACCAUCCAAUUGAUGAUACCUUCAUAUCUUCACUUACUAGACUAUCAAUCAUAAGAGAUGACGCUCAAUUACUAUUAAACGAUAAAGAUAAUGAUAUCGGUUUAGAAAUAUUAUCAAUGUCAUCUCAUCACUUUGAAGUAGCCCUUAAUAAGCUGUUAAAAUGGUUAAAAUUCGAGUUCACAAGUAAAUUCAAUAGAUUUUCUAUAGAAAUUAAGCCUUUGCAUAUACAAUCAUUGAAGAAAUUAGCAAUUAGAGAUGACCUAUACUUAGAAGCCUUACAAUUUUUAACUUUACAGCGAAAGAACCUCUUAGAGAGGUGCUUUUUGGAUGCUCUUACUGAAUUUGAGAAUAACCAGGAUAUCAUAACAGACCCGAUAAAGUACUCAACAGAAUUGCUCGCUUGGUUACAUCAACAUGCAGCAGAUGAAAAGGAUUUUCUAUGUGAUUUACUCGAUACGGAUGAUGUGAAUGAACAGCUAUCGAAUCAUUUACAACCACUCGCUAAUAGAAUACAAUUACAACUCACGCAUGCUCUCAAUUUCACACAGCGUUCACAAGAUCUACUCCAGUUGAUAUCGUUUUACGAACAAUCACUCAAGAAUUCAAUAAAUGCAAAUUGUAUCAAUAAUCUAUUCAAGAAACUGCUUUUAUAGUCUAUUCUUAACCCAUCCUUCAAGUCCACCUGCAAUCCAAAUAUCUUGAACAGCCGUACCAACUCUUGCGGCAAUGUAUGUUUUUAUGAUGUUACCUUCGCUAUUAAUUAUAUCAAUUUUACCAUCAGAAGUUGAAAUUCUAACGUUUUUACCAGAGUGGAUUGUUUGUUCUCCAUUCAAACCACCCUUACCUCUCUCAUUUGUUGGUGUAUAUUCCUUCGUUAAAUCUUUAAUCAACUCAGGACAUUCGAUUACGAUCAAACCGUUGUUAAUAGCAUUACGUCUGUAAACAUCACCGAAACUACCACCUAAUACUAAUGGAAUACCUGCGUUCUUAAUAGCAGUUGCUGCUUGCUCUCUUGAACUACCAGUACCAAAGUUAAAUCCAGAUGCCAAGAUAACACCAUUCUUGUUAUCUUCCGUGUCAACUUUAUCAUUCUUCUCAUGUAACUUUUUGAUAAUCUUUGCAAAUGAUGGAUCAUAAUUCUCCAUGACUACAUCAGCUUGUUUCUCUGGUGUAAUAUCAUCUUGGUAGGUGUAUUUACCUGGAUACAUACCAUCAGUUGUAAGAUUAUCUUGUGGUGCGAAAAUAAGUGGACCUUCGAAUGAUGCUGGGAAUCCUGGUAAGAGAUCCUCCUUUAUUAUUGGCUUUUCACUAGUUGAUUCAGCUUCCUUCUUUUCUAUACUAUAUUCAGGUUUGUUUGAGGUAGAUAAAUGCAAAUUCUCAAUCUCAUUUGGACCUGAAAUGUAUCCUUUAACUGCUGAAGCAGCAACAACAGCAGGUGAUGCUAAAUAAGCCAAAGCGUUAGGAGAUCCCAUUCUACCUUUGUAGUUACGGUUUGUAGCACUAAUACCAACUUGACCAUCUUCAAGUAAACCAGUUCCUAAACCAAUACAUGGUCCACAUCCAGCUGGUAAAGUUUUGGCACCAGCAUUAACUAAAGUUUGCCAAUCACCUGAUUGUUCACUAUCAGAUUGAACAACUGCAGAAGCAGCAGCAAUGUAGAAUUCAACACCAUCUGCUAUUUUCUUGUUUCUUACUAUAUCUGCAGCGGCUUUAAUGUCAGAUGCACGACUGUUUGUGCAGCUAACCAAAUAAGCCUUGUCAAUCUUGACCUUCCUCUCUGUUAAUUGUGGAAGUGGAGUAGAAACCUUGACAGAGUUAGGACCAGAUACAUGUGGAACAAGUGUUUCGAGGUUGAGAAUCAAAUGAGCGGCGUAACUAGCAUCUGAGUCUGCCUUCAAGUUGUUCUCUUUAAGAUGCUCAAUACGCUUAGCGUUGAUACGUGGAUGCUCUUGACCUGGAGUAUGACCAGCUGAUGGUGCAAAAUUUGAGAAAGCGCCAAGUUCAAGCUUCUUUGCUUGAGAUUCAUACCACGUGAUAGUCUUGUCGUCUACUGGGAACACACCAGCAAGAGCACCCCACUCAGUGGUCAUGUUAGCGAUAGCUAAACGCUCGUCGAUGGAGAGUAAGUUUACACCAUCACCGACGAAUUCAAUAACACUGUUGAGUACUUCAUCCUUGUUGAAGUUACCACAAAGUGCGACGAUGACGUCUUUUCCUGUAACACCCGGAGAAAGCUUUCCUUUAAGCUCUACCUUGACAACAGGUGGUACUUGCCACCAAGUGCGCUCGGUAGCCCAAAUAGCGGCUGCAUCUGUUCUAACAAUUGGAGUACCAAGGCAACCAACACCACCGUACAUAUUAGAAUGACUAUCGCUAGCAACUACCAAACUCUGUGGCCAAGCGUAACCCUCCUCGAUAAGAAUUUGGUGGCCAAUACCUCUACCGGCUGGGUAGAAAUCAAUGUUGUGCUGCUUAGCGAAAGCUUCCAUUUUAGAGUAUUUCUCCAAGUUUUUCUCCGACUUGUUCUGUACAUCGUGAUCGAUAGUGAAAACCGGUUGGCGGGGGUUUGCAGGCGAUUUUGCACCAAUAGUUUUAAACUUUGAGAUGACAGGACCUGUGUUAUCGUGUGUCAUAAUGUGUUCUGGCUUAAUCAUCACGUAAUCGCCAGAGCGAACUUUGUAGCCCGGAGAAGUACCGACUGUAUAGUUUGAUACGAUCUUCUCUACUAAAGUUUGAGACGGUCUGAAUACCGUCGUUGAGAACGCUCUGCGUGUAAUUCUGAAAUUUGGUAACACCCGACCAAUCAUCUCCUCACAGUUUCUAGUUAAGAAACGACGACGAUCAAAAAUGUUGAAAGAAGUGCAAUCCCCGGAAGAAUUUCAGGAUAUUCUAUCAAACAACUUGAACAGCCUUUCGGUUCUAAACUUCUGGGCUCCAUGGGCAGAACCUUGUCAACAGAUGAACCAAGUUACGAAGGAAUUGGCUGAGAAGUACACAAACGUUGUCUUCUUACAAAUCGAAGCCGAGUCUUUGCCUGAUAUUAGUGAAACUUUCGAUAUCGAGGCCGUACCUUCGUUUAUUCUCCUUAGAGGACACACUUUAUUAGAAAGAAUAUCAGGCGCUAAUGCAGCAUUACUUGCUCAAUCCGUCAGCAAACACGCUCUCAAUUCCGCUCAGAAAUCCGCUCAAUCAUCGACGAUAUUACCUCCUCAAGCACCAGCCGCAGUUGAAACUGAAGAAGAGCUCAAUAGUAGGUGUCUGAAUAUUAUGAAGCAAUCAGACGUUGUUCUAUUCAUGAAAGGUGACCCUGAUGCACCAAGAUGUGGUUUCAGUAAGCAAACAGUCGCUUUAUUGCGCGAACAAUCAAUUGAAUUCAGUCAUUUUGAUAUUUUACAAGAUGAGAGUGUUAGACAGCACCUUAAGAAGUUGAACGAUUGGCCAACAUUCCCACAAAUUAUCGUCAAAGGUGAACUCAUCGGUGGUUUGGAUAUUCUUCGUGAAAUGAUUGAGCAGGGUGAAUUACAGCAAUUAAUGGAGUGAAUAAAUAUACAUAUAAUUU